AUGAAGCUUACAGAUGGCUUCAAGAAAGGCCAACAAAUCAUUGGAGUAGGUCACACUUUAGAAUUCAUUCUAAGUGUGAUACGCUUCUUAACAACUUGUAAGCUAACAACUGAGAGCGCUCAAUGCAUAGCAACAUAUGGUGGUGGGGGAAAAUAUCAAGUUAAUAACAUCCAUGGUGGGAUGUAUGUAGUGGAUUUGGAGAGGCACACGUGCACUUGCAGAAAGUGGGACUUAUGUAGAAUCCCUUGUUCACAUUCUAUGGUUGCAAUUGCCAAAACAGAGAAGAGCACUUAUGACUUUGUGCAUUCACUUUACAAAAGAGCUACAUAUGACAGGGCUUAUGAGAGUUAUAUAUCUCCAAUGCCUAGUCAAGAAUACUGGAGAAAAAUAGGUCAUAGACCCAUCAAGCCAUCUCUUUACCACAAACAACCAGGAAGGCCUAGAACAAGUAGGUAA